AUGGCCAGAAAGAAGCCGGCCAAAAAGAAACCGACUCGUAAUAAAUCCCAAGACUUCCAACAACAAAACCCAUCUCAAGAAAUUCAAGACUCUGCCAAAGAUUCGUCCUUUACAGAAUCUUCCAACGAAAUGAACCCCCAAUCUCCCAUGGAAGAUCCUAAUGAGCAGCUUCAGAGUCUUCAGACUCUUAACUCAUUACUUGUCAAGGAGACCUUUGAAAAGAGACAACAGGUUGAGUUAUUGGUUCAAUACUAUAAAGGCCUCGAGGCUGAGUUGAGUAAGAGGAAGGAACUUGAGGGUGUGCAGAGUGACAAAAAUAUGGGGUUGGAAUGGCAAAAUGGGGUUCUUUCGGUUUAUAUGGAGACUCAAAUGAAGGAAAUGGGUGUUGAGAAGGAAAGGGAGAUUGGGGAAUUGAACAGUAAGGUGAAUGGACUAAUAAGCAGUCUUGAAAAUGAAAGAGAAAGGUUGAGUUUGGUUUCUAAAGAGAGAGAUUUGGCAAGGAAUGAUUUUGAGUUGCAGGUUAAUGAGGGUCGUUUGAUGAAAGCGAACCUAGUGGACAUGGAGAAAAAUGAGAGGGGAUUUCUGGAAGAGAUUGGGAAACUGAGAGUUGAAUGUGAUAAGUUGCUUGGGGACAAGGAGGAAUUGGAGAAGGUGAAGAGUUCAGUGGUGAAAGAUAAAGACUUGUUGGAGAAGAACAUUAAGGAUAUGGUCAUGGAAGUUGAGGAUUUAAGAAUAAAGAUUGAAAAUCUUGAGAAGGAGAAGAAAGAGAUAGAGAUGGAGAAAAUUUACCAAAGAGCGAAGAUUGAUGAGUUGGAAAAGAAAAUGCGAAAUAUGGAUAAGGUUAUAUUGAAUUUCAAUAAGGAAGAGGGGGUGUUGCGGUCCAAAGUUUUCUUGUUGGAAAAGAAUUAUGCUGAAGCAAUGGAUAGAGAGGCUGAACUGGCAAAAGAGAUUGAUGCAUUGGUGGAAGAAAAGAGAGCAAUAGAACAGAAUCUUGAAAGGGUAAUGGAGGAGAAGGAUCUUGCCACAAAAUCUUUGGAGACUACAGUGGCGGAGUCUGCGGAUAAGCAGAGAAGAAUUGACAAGUUAUUGGAGGAAAGGGAUGCAGCUACAAGAGUAUUGGAAAUGAAUAAGAAGGAACUAAAGGAUAUGCGGGAGAAGAUUGAAGACUUUCUUGGAGACAAAAGUGAGAUUGAGAAGGUCAAAUUUAGUGGUGAGAUUAAUAAAUCUGAGCUACAUAAAGAAGUGAGUGAUCUGUGGGAUGUUGUGAAUAGGCUGCUAGAGGCAUGUGAGGCUUAUGAAAACAAGAAAAAAGAAUUGAUAUCUGAAGUUAGCUGUAUUAGAGUUUCAUUUGAUGAAUUGACUCUUGAGAAGGACAAUGCAUUGAAAGUAUUGGAUGAGGAGAAGCAAAAUGGUGUUAACUUGAGAUUGAAAGUUUCAGAAAUGGAGAAGAUACUUGAGGAAACUACGGAAGAACUGACACAGAAGAAGGUUGAAUGGCAGAACCUAAUCAAGGAAAAGGAGGAGAUGGUAAAUCACUGCAGAUCAAUGGCUGAAGAUAAAGAUGGGCUGCAGAAGGAACUUCUGGAGGCAAAGAGAACUCUCAAUGAUUUGAGGGCUAAAAUGGAAUCAACCAGUAUUAAGUAUCAGCAACUGUUGACUUUGUUGAAGAACACUGCUUCACGGUUAUGUCAAUCUAAAGGUGAAACUGAUCGAAAGAAGAAGGAAGAAGCUGCUAUUGCUGAAAGGAAACAUGAAGAGGACAUUGAACCAUAUUCAACAGAACUGGAGGCAAUCAAACAAGCAUUUGAGAACAAAGAGACAGUAGCUCAAGAUUUGAAGCUGAAAGUUGAGGUAAUGGAGAAAUCAGUAGUGGAAGCACAAAAGAAAAAGAGUUUCUGGACUUUGGUCUCCUCCGCAACAACUCUUUUGGCUGCAGUAACCUUUGCAUAUGCUGCAAGACGAUUUUGA